AAAUUUUUGCGACUCAAAAGCUUUUUCUUUUACAGUUUAAUUUUUUUUAUAUAGUCAGUUUCUUCUCUUUUUUACAUUAGAAAUUAAACUUCAUUCUUUUUUCUUCUUAUUCGACGCGAAUUGUUGCUUUAGCAACGAACAAUCAAAUAUUUUUAGCAAAGUCUGAAAAAAAAGGCGUCAUUUUUUUCAGAAAGUGAAUGAAGACAAAUUACAUUUAUUUUACAAAUAUAAUUAAACCAUCAGCUUAACAAGCGCAAGAAAGAAAGGGAACCUUUUUGUGUAAUCCAAUCAAAGAGCUUCUGAUCGUUAGAAAAUUUACGAUAAAAAAGCAGAUAGCUCGCGUGAUACACGUCUGAUUUAAAAAAAAAAUUAAAUUGUUUUCCCGUUAACCGCUUUCUUUUUUUUAAGUUUAAACCUCUAGAGACGCAGGUUAAUCGAACACAUUUUUAACAUACUGUUCACAAGGCAAUCUGGUUCCAGGUUCUUGGCUUUCAUUUUCUUUUGGUUAAUUGCUUUGUAAUUUAUUCCUUACCGAUACGAGGCAUCUACUUGAAGGGCUAAAAAAAAUACAGAAUCACCCUUCUUUUUUUCUUUUCCCCUUAGUUUCUGAAAUCAUGAAUCCCGAGACGAUCUACGUGUUCGAUCCUACCACGCAGGUCUCUAGUCACCCAGCCAAUAAUGAAGGUGUGGUGUAUGUGUCCGCCCCCCCGUCCACCGCGACGGGGGCCACCCUGCAACUUGUCCAAGGGGCCAUGCUCCCACCUUUACCAUCCGCCUCCCCCGAUUCGGUUCCUAAUCAGUCGCACGUCCUGAGCGUUAAUGCUUACCCCGUUUCCUACACUGUUCUCCCUUCCUCGAACCAAACCUACGAUGUGAAUCAUUUCGAUUUAACGCGGUACGCCGCCCUCGGUGCUCCUAUUCACAACGCCAGACCACCCUUUGGGAGUUCGUUCGCGUCCCAGGGGCAACCCCCCAACCUGAAAACAAUACCGCUCUAUUUGCUGAGUCCGCUUGGUCAGGAGCAGCAGCCUUCGCCGAACAGUGUGAACUCUUCGUUUGCGCCCGGGUUUGCGUACUUGGAGGCGCCGUAUAUGGGGGGCUCCUCGACCAUCCACACGCCCCACACCACAGCCACCAUCGCGGCCACCCAGCAGCAGUUAAAUAUCAUACCCAGUAUGGAUCAAGGACCCUUGACGAUGCUCCCCGUUCCCACCUCCUCCCCCGUACACCCUUUAAUGGGUCCGCAAAAGACGUGGUCGAUUUUAACGACAUCGUUGAAUAAAUCCCCCGAGCCGGCCACACCUUCACACCCAUUGGGCCUAUGCAAGGGGGCGAAUUCCCCUAAUUUGGUCUACCCCCUGGUCGAACAACAUAGCAGCAGUAGUACGGCCUCGGUGGCGCACCUGAAAAGUCCUGCACAAUCAGACAUGCACAAAAAGUUCCCAAUUGAGUAUCAUCCAAACCCCAGUCCUCUUUCUUCUAAAGGAAAGCAACUGCCUCGGUUUAUGGGCGUGAGGGGGUUUUUAGCGCCUCCCCCGUUGGGCAGCCGCAUUGUGCCUGGAACGACAACGCUGUUAGAUAUCCCACCAUUAGCCCUACCAGAACCUAGAUGGGGAAUUCUUCCUCAGGCUGCGCUUCUGGCAGAGUGA